AUGCCUAAAUUCUCUACGUUCGAUCCACAGACGAUGUCAACAACCAUGCUGACGAUGAAUAAAAACCCACCGGACUCCAAGGUGGGCGAGUUCCUGAUUCCGUCGAUGCAAGCUCCGCGUCGAAGCCUGACGACCAGAAGCUCAGAGAUGAAUUAUGUGGCUGUUUUGACGGAAACUAGAGCCACACGAAGCGCCAACGAAGGCUUCCGUUUGUUACUGGCCUCGGCGAAACACGUCGUGAGUGGCGUGAAGCCUCACGAUGUGAUUAGCCCUGUCACUCUGCUGACCGAGCUCGCGAAAGUCACCAGCCUGCUCGAUGGAUACAACGAGAUUCUCGUUGAUGAGUUAUUCAAGUGCAAUAUACUCGCUCUAGAAGACGCGAUCCUAACCUGCUACCUCAAACUACUAGUGGAGAUGGCUCGAUCCAAUAGCUUCUACCACGGUGAAGUCUGUCGCCUUCUCCUCAGGGCUCUGACCACCAUAGAGAGCGAGGACGCUCCAGAGGAGAAAAUCUCGCAGAUUCACGGAUCUUUCCAGACCAUGAUCAAAGAAUUGCCCCGGUUUUCGGAGAGCCUCCUGAAACAAAUCAGCCGAAACCUUCCGUUCAUGACGAAAUCUUGGCAGUCACAAGUACACUUCUAUCGAAGUAUGUUGGAGUUGGUGGACUACGUGCCCGAGGAAGUCUCUCUUGAAGUUUUGUCGAGACUGAUCCAUAAAAUAAUUGACUUGGACUGUCAAUGUCCGAAGGAGGAGAUGGUGAGCGAGGACGAUGAGACGCAAUUCAGCAUGGAGACCGCCGAGGAUCACGCCGUCAAAGAAAUGAAGCACUCGUUAGGAAAUACAUUCGACAGACUGAUGGAAGUGUUCUUCGAAUACAUCGACAGGCACGUAAUCGACGUCGAUGAUCUCAAACGAACCUACCGGAAGUUUUUGACCGUUUUUGACAAAUUCAUCCUCUCGACCUACAAGUGUCUCCACAUCCAGUUCCUUCUUCUCUACAUCUGUUCCAAGCGGCCCGUAAUCACCGACCAUUUCAUCGAUUUCCUUUGGCACAAAGUCCAGAAUCCGAACACGCCCGUGGUUUUCCGACAGAUCGCCGUUUAUUAUCUGGGGUCGCUGCUCUGUAGAUGCUCCUUCAUUGGAGUGGGAACUCUUAAAGACAGUCUGCUUCUGAUGACGCGAUUCCUGCACAGCUACGUCGCCCAGAGUAGUUCCGCGCAGAGCUUGACUGUUGAUCUCAGCAAGCACGGUACCUUCUACUCCGUUUGCCAGUCUGUUUUCUACUGCAUUGCCUUCCGCCACAAGGAAAUCAUCGAAGGAGACGAUGGUUUGGGAUAUCUUCAGAGAUUGAACUUGGAGCAAAUCGUGACUUCGCCCUUGAAUCCAUUGAAGGUGAUUUCGCCAGCUGUCGGCAUCCACUUCGCUAACGUGACUCGACACUACCAGGUCGUCUACUGCUACGCAAUUUUCGAACGUAAUCAGAGAAGCGCGCUACCGAUGGCAAACCCGGGCAACCAGAAGCUGGAUGUUUAUUUUCCCUUCGACCCCUACGUUCUGCUCAGAUCGAAACGUUUCGUGGAGCCGAUAUAUCGGGAGUACGUGGACCACCUCAAAUCGUCUGUUGAUGAAGAUCCUGAGCAGAACAAUAACUCCUCCUCAGAUAGUGAUGGUGAAGAUGACGAAGACGAAGAGAUGGUUUCUACGUCGCUCAAGUCAGCUGCGGAGAAAAUGUUCGCCUACUCUGUAUCACCAGGUUUCGCUCAUUGAUAGGGGACUGUGUUAUUUAAUCGGAUUGUGCACAUACAUAUUCGGGAACCGCC